GAUGCUAGGGGUAGCGAUGAUGAUGGUUGCUCUGAUCCUAACAACACCAAUCGUAAGAAGAAGACACGUACCGUAUUUAGCAGACAUCAGGUAUCUCAACUAGAGAUGAUGUUCGAUAUGAAGCGAUAUCUCAGCAGUCAGGAAAGGGCGCAUCUUGCUCAAAAACUUCACCUUACCGAGACGCAGGUGAAAAUCUGGUUUCAAAAUCGACGUAAUAAAUUCAAGAGGCAGGCGGCUACCGAUGAUCCCACAGCAACCCUCCAGAUGCAUCGUACUAAUAUGUUUGGGCAUUCGAUGUCUACACCAGAGAGAAUCCCAUCUCUUUCAUCAAGUUUGCUAUCGACGCCAACAGGUUCAUCACUGUCGCUUCGUCCCUUGACGGUUGCUCCUCUAGAUCCCACCACUGCUGCACGUUUUCUAUUCGGCACCUAUGGAGCUCUUGCCGCUGCACAUGCACAGCAAUUAAUAUGA